AUGGAUGAUGGUUUAAUUUCCCAAAUCUACCAGCUCAUGGCCCUCCUGGCCAUCGGCGCCCCCGUGUUUGCCCACGAAAUCAAACCUGACCACCCCCAGUUGGCCCAAUCGCCGAUUGUCCCUCCUCACUCUGAUGUUUCUGGCUCAUCCAAGGGUUCCGACUCUGCCAAGGCCCGUUGGUCGUGGCUCAUUUCCGGGGGGUUGAAGAAGCAUCCUGUCAACCGGGCUGUCGGCGGCGGCUCUGAGGACAAGCCCUCUCGCGUUGUGGCACGCAGCGACGGCGGUGACGCCUUCAAAGCUCCGAGCUCCUCAUCUCCUCUCACGGAAACUAAGCCAGACCACGUCAAACAGCGCCCGGUGAGCGAGGAUACCAACCACCUUGCGGUACAUGACGACGGCGUCAAGGAUCCUUACAACCCUCCCCGCUCCCCGCCUCCUCCCCGAGAAACCAAGCCAAAGUUUUGGAGCGAGAAACCCCCGGGGCGCAAGCACCCCAACCGCCUUGCGGCACGCAACGACGACGACCCCUACAACCCUCCGAGCUCCCCAUCUUCUCCCAAGGAAAGCAAGCCGAAGCACAUUAAGAAGCGCCCGGGGAGCAAGCACCCCAACCGCCUUGCGGCACGUAACGACGGCGACGAAACACCCCUGUAA